UGACUUGGACUGGCUUAUGAUGACUUGUGACUUGACUUGGACUUGCACUGAAAAAAUGACUUGCUGCCACCUCUGCUGUUUAGACUAGAUCACAGACCCUGCACCACACAAGAACUAAUCACAUGAGGUGUGCACACUUUGAGUUGUUCCAUAGAGUUACAUGAGUUUUGAGUACACAAGUGAAAAAGCAGUAUCCAGGAAAAUGUAGUGCUUUAUGAAAGAAUACGCCUAUAUUAGGAACAAGGAAUUACUCUAUAUGUACAUGUCUAACAAACUAAUUUAGUUCUUCAUGUGUUUGUAAUUUUGAGUGUUAUUUAUAAUACAAAAUAUUUAAAGAAAAAAGUACAAGGCAUUACCUUGUGGAUUUUUAACACAGUUAUAAACACACAAUGAUUAAAAUUUCAUAUGAUUUAAAUGUUAAUUAUUAUUUAUAAAACAAAGUUUCAUUGUGGCUUUCAUUUACUAAGAAAAUGUGGAUCAUAAACUUGAUCAUAAACAUAAAUAUGCGGGUGAAAUCAUAAAGGGUUUUCAGCAGUUCUUAUAAAAAAUGGCUGGUUUUGCGUUCAUCUUAAAGCAUUUAAUUGAUGAAUGCAUUCAAUUCAAACAUGAAUGAACUUCAUUCUGACAGUUAUUUUAUUCUGAUAGUCAUUUCUUUGUAUGUGUUGGCAAAUCUCAUAAAUCCAUGUGGCUGAUCAUCAUUGUGAGUAAUCUGAUUUUAUUUAGUCUUUUUAAUGACAUCUAACAUCCUCACCAUAAUAACAUUCCUUAAAAUCAACCAUCACUGACUUUAAAAGAAGUUUUAAAAAUCGAAAUUUGUAUUGCUUUUUUCUUUCCUUUUUUUUGGAGUGUUCAUUUUUACUUGCCACUGUUUAAAACUUCAUAAAUUAAGAAUUCACCUUGAUUACCUUUAACUAUUUUCUGGUCAACAGUGAGUUCUGUUUUGCUGAAUAUUGAAAUUUGCCUGUGGAAUGUGCUACAUUAGCAAAUACUGUUUAUUGUUUUAAAAGACAGGAACACAGCAUUGCAAGCUAGAAUAAACAUGCAGCACUGCCAUAUGGCAUCCAUCCAAAUACCUGGAAUAUUAUGUGCAAUGCAUGUAGUACUAUGUUAUCUCUCGAGAUGAAAUGGUGUCAUGUGAUGGUGAUGUUGUCAUGUGUAGCAACCAAGCUCUCCGCUAUUGGCUUUAUGGUAUAAUGUAAGUGUCGUGUGAUAUAUGCCCAACAAGACCAAAAUGUUGCUCAACUUGUUAGAAAUGUGUAACUGAGACCGCAUGUCACACUUGGAAAAUAACACAUCGAUUGGGGUGAAAAUUCCCUGCGAUUGAGAAAAUAGUUACCAAAACUGAUAAACUGUAUGGUGUAACAAGCCGGCUGGUAGAUGGACGUUGAUGUGUGAUGACAGAGAACUGUAGGGUUCAGACAUCUGGAGACUGUGACAUCGCACUUCAAGGUUGUGAUCUUGGGAUUUAAUCUACCGAGAUUAGUUGCUAAUGCUGGCUAUGCAUCAAGUGUGACUGGCUUUGGGGUUUAAACUUCUGAGAAAGAUAUCUUGGCCAUUUCUUUGCCGUUAAGGAAAGGUCAUAUUGCAAGAACUGUACUGCUGUGGAAAGAUCAGUGUGUGAAAUAUGCACCUAGCUUAUAUUGCAGGUGUAUUUAUACAGCGCAGUUGCUUGUAAAGAUUAACAGUACAGUGUGGAUGCUGGCCUGAUUACUGGGGAACAGAGUUUUCAGUAACAGACAGCUGCACUUUGGAAAGAGUUAAGAAGUUCUGUGCACAUUUGGAGACUGCAUCAAGUGCACAUCAUGUCAACAACUUCAAUAUUUCCCUUGAGGGAGUAUUACUGUAAGUCAGGAUAUUACCUCAAGAUCAAUGCAGAUGGGGAGGUGGGCGGAGCUGAGAAAUCAGGAGACAAGAAUGCUGUGUUUGAGGUUAGCACAGUGACAUGUGGUGUCAUUACGAUGAAAGCGGUCAACUCGGGAAUGUAUCUUGCAGUUGACAAUAACGGGAAAACACAUGGAAAGGCCCAACUGGAUGCAUCUUGUGAGUUUGUGGAGAAGUUUGACCCAUCCGGCUGCUACACAGUCUUCCAACCCCGCCGCUUUGCUGCCGAGGGCUGGCAUGUUGCACUGGGGCGACAAGGCCAGGCCAGACCAGCUCACAAGAUUGAGGAUGACCAGAAGUGUGCUUGGUUCAUACCCCAAGCAGUAGGAGGGCAGGAUGGGGAUGGGCAGCAGUCUGAUGAUGAGGGUGCUGUGAGGCCUGGAGUGGACAUCGAUGUGGACCAACUGGAACGACUGGGAUUCACACCUGCAACUGGUCUUAGAUCCUAAACUGUUACUGUGGCAAAUUUAUGCACCAGAAAAGUUUUGAUCAUGGGUGUCUGAGUAUAAUGAUACCUCAAGGUAGGAGAGCCAAUUCUGUUGAAUUUCUUCACCCAAUACCCAACUAGAAUCCAUAAAACUAGUGGAAGCACUCUUCAUUAGACAGAAAAUGGCUAUUUAAAAGAGCUAUAGCGCGCCAACAUUCAGUUCCUUCCAUGAGUGUCAUGAAGUGUUUGGUGCUGCCUUAUUUCUACAACAUAUAAUUACAUUCUAAAAUUAGGAUUAGAGAGUCCGAGGAUAGACACACAGCAGCUGUUACGAGAACAUUGAAUUAUUGUCAAUGAAAUUACUAACAGUACAGGACAGGUACAUCAACCUCAAAGUUCAUGGCAUUAGAUAGAGAAAAAUAUGUCCAUUAUGGGUAGGUGGUACAAUGGAAGAAAUUGGGUAGAACGGCUUUUGGUAAAAUCGCCCUAAUUCUCUCUGACUGGAAACUUACCACAGCAAUGGGGUAGAACAAGUUAAGCCUGGUUUCCAUAUCAACACAAGAAAUGAAGAGAACAACGCAAUCAAGACGCAAACUGCAACGCAGACAUAUGGAAACAUGUCAAAUGAAGUAUUGUCGAUAACUCGGACAUAACGCCAACCAGCCUCAGACUGAUCAGCAAAGUUGAGCCCAGUUCAGCUUUGCCGGGUGUCUGUGUUGAGUCAGUGAGUAGGCCUAUACAAACACACAUGCUGACAUGGACGAGUGUACAAUGCUUCUCUCGCUUAGUACCACUUAUUUUGUCCAUUUUCUCCUUAUCACCAGCAUAUGCAGCCCCAAUCGUCAACAAAA